AUGCACCUGAAACCCAUUUCCAAGGAAGCCAAAAAUAGGCUCACGCAAUUUAUGAUCGAACGAGAAUUCGAUAGGAAGAGUCGUCAUAAACGCCGCAAACACAAAAGAAGCAAGAAAAGGUACACUAGUAGCUCUUCGAAUUCCUCCUCGUCCGAUAGUUCUCGCAGUAGCUCCGGAAGUCGUAAGAGUUUUCGCGGUAGUAGGAAAAGAUCGCGUUCAAGUAAUUCGACGGUCAGUGGUCGUUCAACCCCCUCUUACGGAAGAGGGCGAAGUGUGAAAUCGGCGGAAAAAUCGGAACACAGAUCGAGCCUAGAAAAAUACAUCAUAGACGAUAUGAUAGGCGAGGCCCCAUCCACCGACCAAAACCAAAAAAUAGCUAAAGAUGGCGAUACCGAUUUAAAAAAAUACCCGUCAUCCGUUAACCAAAAUUCUGGAAAUCACGCGCGGGUGGAAAAUAAAAAUUUGCCGCUCCUCAACCAGUAUUUCGAUUCCGCCGAGGAUUCAACCUGA